AAAUUACGUUGUGGGCGUAGUGGCUCCUUGUAAUGGCGACCGUGCCGUAGAUGCGCCGAGCUCUCUCUCAGUGAAAAUGAAGCGAAGAAGAAGUUAUUUCUACUGAAUUUAAAAACGCCGAGGUUCCCCCCCGGAGGAGGACUUCUUUGCGUCUACAACCGUCGCCUUCAAACGUGGUAAACUUAGCCGUACUGUUGAACGUCUGUGCCUCCCCCUCCGCCCCGCAAUGAUGAAGCUCAAGUCCAACCAGACCCGGACGUACGACGGGGACGGAUACAAGAAGCGGGCCGCCUGUCUGUGCUUCAGGAGCGAAUCGGAGGAGGAGGUGCUGCUGGUGAGCAGCAGCAGACAUCCUGAUAAGUGGAUCGUUCCCGGAGGGGGCAUGGAACCCGAGGAGGAGCCCAAUGUCGCUGCUGUUCGGGAAGUGUGUGAAGAGGCGGGGGUGAAGGGGACGUUGGGUCGCUUAGUGGGCAUAUUUGAGAACCAGGAGAGGAAACACAGGACGUAUGUGUAUGUUCUGAUCGUGACUGAGGUUCUGGAGGACUGGGAGGACUCGGUCAACAUUGGGAGAAAAAGGGAAUGGUUUAAAAUAGAUGAUGCCAUACAAUUGUUGCAGUGUCACAAGCCCGUGCAGGCCACCUACUUCGAGGCUCUCCAGGAGAGUUGCCUGACCAGCAAUGGAACACCUUUGGUGACCACGAUAGGCGGGAACCUGUCCCCCACCUACAGCAUCAACCAGAGCUCCGUCUCAGAUAUCAGAUAACUAAAAACCAUAACUGAAGACCCCCUUCCUUCCUUCCUUCCUUCCGACCCCCCUCCACCCUACCACUGCCCCCUUCACUCCUCCAACGUUGGGAGCUUUAGCCACCACUUGCGCUCUUAGUCGUCUUCUUUUACUCUUUGUCUGGUUUGCCUUGCCAACUCUGUAGUGCCACCGCCAUCGUGGCACAGACUGGAUGACCAAGUUGUUGGCUUUAAAAAAAAAAAAGUGUGAAAACACUUUGUACAUUUUGACUUCUUUUUGCUUUCUUUUUACUGAACUCUUUGCAUGAACGAAAAAAAAAGGUUCCCUGGCCUCCCUGGACGCACCCUUAGCGUGAUAAUGGAAUGCAAAGAACUACUUUUUACUGUUGUCAUGUAAAAGUGUGUAUCUAGUGCUAAUUGAAAGGCUUUUGGUGGUCUUUUUUUUUUUAAUAACGUCUACAUUUUUCUUUUCAGUCUGUGUGUGAAUGUGCCCAUUCAUGCCCCCCCUGCCGCCCCCACCGUAACCUGGGUCUUGUUCUUUUUGGAUUUGUCUGCUUGUGCUUGUUGAUCCUCUCGGGACACGUUUGCUCCGCUGGGAGUGAAAGAAUGUCAACAUAGCUUCUCCCUUUUUUUUUUUGUCUGUCAUCGACUGAAACGUCUUCAUCCGCAUCUGAUAGGAUAAAAUACAUUUCAAUUUUUUUUUUUUUUUUUUUUUUUUACAAUCACUUCCUGUUGUAACCCUCUUCCCCCUUAGUUUUCAAUUGUUUACAUUGCAACAGCACAGGUAACUUUAUUCGGCACAUUUCUUUUUUUUUUUUUUUUUAAAUGAUUGUCUCCCGGUAGUAUUUAAUCUGCAUCCGCCUCUCCACUCUCCAAAAAAAAACACCCUAUUUAGAUAUUGAAAGUACCGCAAUCUACAAUGCUGUCUUUGGCACCAUGCAGAGCAAACAAGCCUUGUACAGUUUGUUUUUCCACAUGUAAAAUGCUUCCUUGUUUUCUCCCAAUACUAUCUUUCCCUCUCCACAAAGAAAAAGAAAGUCUGGCAAGAGUCUCUUUAGCCGCGUCACGUAAGCCGCCGGCUCGAUACUGUGAAACUGGAGGGAGCACUGUAGAUAGCACGGAAGAGGUUUUUAUUGUAAAAUUGUUUAUUCUGUAUAGAUCAACGGUAAGCGUACAAGACGACAGAGCACCUCUCGCACGUCUUUGUGCUCUUUUUCUUUAAAAGCGAGGAUAGAGAUCCUGCAAGUACCGGCAUGUGCAGGGAGGCCGGUCAACGGUCUUAACGUGACACUGAAGAACGGGCGAUGAGGCUGCGAUUGAAUACCCGUGACAUACUUUCCCUUUCUUUCAGGGAGUGACAAUUUAGCUGAAGUCCAAUUUGUUUUCUUAGGUCUGGCAUUUAUUCGCCUGUGCCUUUCACACAGAACUUGGCCAUGCAAGAUGUCGCCUUAGCCUGUGUGUAGAUGAAACAGCCCUGGACCAAAAGUUGGGGCAUCAUCUCACUUCAAUGGUGUCUGUGUGAAAGUCACAGGCUAAUUAAUGCUAACUUUUGUUACUGUGUUCAUUUUGCGGGAACGUUUUUUCCAUUGUUGGCUAAGAUGCUAAAUGUCCAACUUUUGAUGGAAGCUGAGGUCAUUGGUGUUUGUGAAGCCAUGCGGAGACCUGCACACCUUUUUUCCAUUACGGUUUACCUUCUGAGGGAAUAGUCUCUCCUCUUUAUCAGGCUCCUCCCGCAAUGAAGACUGAAUUUAACAGACUUCCUCAACCAGUAAAAAUUACGAGUCUUGAUUUUAUUGCCGCCUAUCAGUCAAGGUGCGGUGGCCAAAGUCUCUGUUUACGACGCCCCUUUUGAGUCUUCAUCUGAAUGUGCAAUUAAAAGCUGUAGAGGGCAUUGACCGCUAAGGUAGAGGAGACUUCAAAUGGGUUUGAUGGGGACGACGGUUGUCACAAAAGGGGAAAAGUCUCAGCUAUUUCAUUGUUUUUCCUUGUCUUUAAUCCUAUGUUGUCCACAUGGUUAUAUUUGUACAGCUCUAACAUGACGCUCAAAAAAAAAAUUCUACUUCAUAUCAACACUGCAGGCUGUUAAGAGGGAGUGAUUCAAGCUGGAUUCAGUGGACAUUCAUCCAAGUGGACCUCCUUUCACGAGUUUUAGCAUGGCUCUUGUCUGACUGUUGGAAGGUGUCAUAAUCAGAAAUGAUGCUGGCGACUCAAGGGUAGACUGACACCAUCUAGUGGUCAAAUUUGUGAAAAACAACUUGCCCAUCUGUCAAACUUCACUGAACACUGGUUGAAAAUACCCCCCCCCCCC